GCUUGCUGGGCCAACUAUGGUGGCCAUAUAAAACAAGAGAUAAAAAUUGAGUGAAAGCUUGAGACGAGGAAGUCCAUGGAAGGUUUCAUGUUGCUAAUUAUCUGUUCUUUGAUAGUUUCUACUGUAACAGUUGCAAUUACAACAGACUCCAUUACGCUUGGCCAAUCUAUUAGAGAUGGUGAAACAAUAGUUUCAGCAGGUGAGGGUUUUGAACUGGGGUUCUUCAGUCCUGGGAAAUCGAAGAGCCGGUACGUCGGAAUUUGGUACAAGAAAGUGUCAACUAGGACAGUCACAUGGGUCGCUAACAGAGAUGCUCCAAUUUCUGAUCACUCAGGAGUUCUAAGUAUCACUCAACAAGGAACUCUUGUCCUUCUCAAUAGCUCAAACUACACUGUUUGGUCAACUAAUGUAUCCAGAACUGCGAAGAAUCCAAUUGCUGUGCUUUUAGAAACAGGAAAUCUCGUUGUGAAAGAUGGAAAUGAUGAUAAUAACCCAGAUAGGUUUCUGUGGCAGAGUUUUGAUCAUCUGUGUGAUAACUUAUUACCAGGAAUGAAACUUGGAGCAAACUUGGUUACUGGGCUAAACAGGUUUCUCUCUUCCUGGAAGAGCUUGGACGAUCCCGCUGAAGGCGAAUUCAAGUAUAUGAUAGAUCCUCGUGGGGUUCCUCAGCUAGUUUUUAAGGGGUCUGUUAUUCAAUUAAGAGGAGGUUCUUGGAAUGGUCUCCGUUGGACGGGAGUUCCUCAACUGAAACCAAAUCCAGUUUAUACAUUUGAGUUUGUGUGGAAUGCGAAUGAGGCAUUUUACAGGUUCAACAUCGAAAACAGUUCAGUCCUUUCAAGGAUGGUGUUGGACCCCGCAGGUGUUGUUCAUCGUCUCACUUGGGUGGAAAGAACCAAUCGUUGGGAGUCGUUGUCGCGGUUCAGCGGCGUGACACUUGAUCAAUGUGAAAAAUAUGCCUUUUGUGGUGCAUAUGCUAGUUGUGGCUUUAAAAUGAACUCUCCUGUAUGUGAAUGCUUGGAGGGAUUCAUACCCAAGUUUCCAGAUGAAUGGAACUUUUCAGAUUGGUCUGAUGGGUGUGUUCGAAGGACUAAAUUGGGAUGCGAGAAAGGGGAUGGCUUUUUGAAGCACAAAGCAGUGAAAUUGCCAGACACUCGCCACGCAUGGGUUGACAAGAACAUCAGCCUUUCAGAAUGCGAAAAAUUGUGCUUAAAAAAUUGCUCUUGUACGGCAUAUGCAACUGCAGAUAUCAGAGAACGUGGAAGUGGCUGUUUGCUCUGGUUCGAUGAACUAAUUGAUAUAAGAGAACUUACUGAGAUUGGGCAAGAUCUCUACAUACGGCUGGCUAGUUCAGAAAUAGCUAAUAUUGAGAGAAGAAGACAAUCAAGAAAGAAAAUACUGGUGGCGAUAAUAGUUUUGUCUAUACUAUUAGCAACGGGACUGCUUAUGCUAGGAUGUUUCUUAUACAGGCGGAAAAGGAAACUCAGUAAUCAAGGCAACGGGAAUGAAGAAACGGAUCUACAAAUGUUUGAUUGGACAACAAUAGCUAAUGCCACUAGCAACUUUUCAGACAAGAACAAGCUAGGAGAAGGGGGAUUCGGACCUGUUUACAAGGGUACAUUAAUAGAGGGGCAAGAAAUUGCAGUUAAAAAGCUUUCUAAAUGUUCUGGACAAGGGAAGGAAGAGUUCAAAAAUGAAGUAAUACUAAUUGCUAAACUUCAGCAUCGAAAUCUAGUAAAACUUCUUGGUUGCUGCACUCAACGAGAUGAAAGAAUGUUAAUUUAUGAAUACAUGCCGAACAAAAGCUUGGACUACUUUAUUUUUGAUGAAACUAAAAGCAAAUUACUGGAUUGGAGCAAGCGAGUCAGCAUUAUUGGAGGGAUUGCUAGAGGGCUUCUUUAUCUUCAUCAAGACUCUAGACUGAGGAUUAUACAUAGAGAUCUGAAGGCGAGUAAUGUUUUAUUAGAUAAUGAAAUGAACCCAAAAAUUUCAGACUUUGGCCUGGCCAGGACAGUUGGGGGAGAUCAAACUGAGGCAAACACAAAUAGAGUAGUUGGGACAUAUGGUUACAUGUCUCCUGAGUAUGCAGGAGAAGGGCUAUUCUCAGUGAAAUCUGAUGUCUACAGCUUCGGUGUUUUAGUAACAGAGAUAGUGAGUGGGAAGAGAAACAGAGGAUUUCACCAUGGUGAUCACCGUCAUAACCUUCUUGGACAUGCAUGGAGACUGUGGAUAGAAGGGAGACCGGUGGAACUAAUCAAUAAAUCAUUAGACAACUCUUGUGCUUUAUCUGAAUUACUAAGAUGCAUCCAUGUGGGUCUGCUAUGUGUGCAACAAGCACCAGAAGACAGGCCAAGCAUGUCGACUGUGGUUCUAAUGUUGAGUGGUGAAAGGUCAUUGCCUCAACCAAAGCAGCCUGGUUUUUUCACUGAGAGUAAACCACCUUUAUCGGAGUCCUCAUCAAGCAUUAGCAAGGAGAUACCAUCUUCAACAAAUGAAAUCACAUUCUCUCUGUUAGAGCCUCGUUAAAAAAAGCACUACUUCCCAGAUAAAGCUAAUGGACUUUCCAGUAAAAUCCAAGUAAAACAAUGUGGAUAACAUGCAAGCAAGUAGAUUCUCAAUUAGAUAGGCCACUCUCUUUGUAAUAGUAAGCCACAAAUAGUGUACUGUAUGAUAGAUGUGUUAUCUCUGUUCCCUUCAAUUAUGAACUGUAGGCUAAGGAUUAUUAAUUGCUCUUUGGAGAAGAGGUACGGAUGUUAGUUGUAGUGAGAGCUACAUAAUUUACUCAUAAGCAUGCCAAAGGAGACCUUGAGUCUCAAAUUGCUUUUCCAUACUAGCAGCCUUGCAGGAGAAAGCCAAAAAAGUACACAAAAUAUAAAAGCUCUCCACAUUAAACUUUACAUCUAUCUUUCCUCUCUGCAAAAGUAAGAAAAUUUAUCAAUGCUGUAAUCUAACUUAUUUUCUGUA